CUGCUCUGGGGGUGCCCACACGCCUUUGUUUUGAUGGUUUUGGUCGGCUGCUGCGCAGCGAGGAUACACAAGUUAACGUUAAAGAACGAGAGGCGGUCCGUUAUCCACCUCAAUUCGUUUGGGUUUUACGCCAAUGGAACUCUGGAUGUGAACAUGAAGAAUCUUACCCUGACGGGUGAAACCAUGGAUUUCGAAGAACAGCCUAUUGGAUUCAGCCUAUCAAAAUCCCGUGUGGGUGGAGUGAUGUCUUACACAGCUGAGGAGUUUGACGCGUGUGUCCUAACCAAGCCGAGUGGCACUGAGCCUCUUGUCCUGUUUCUCAUUCACUUUAAAGACAGCAGUGUUCAAGUCAAGAGGUAUGGUGACCAGAAGAACGUCAUAACUGGUCGGACGAAAACACCGGCUUUGAAAGAUGCCACGGUUAAAAGUGUCGACCAACCCAAACAGGAUGAUGUCCCUGCUUCUCAGCCCAAACAGGUUGCAAACAAAGUUGGAGAUCAGUCAAAGGCAGGUGAAAACGCCACCCGGGUUGAAAAAGGAAGGAGUCAGGAUGGAGAUCUGAUAUUGGUCCUGCAGAAAAUUAACAACUCUUACAACUUCAGUUUCCAAAUUAAGAUCGUCUCCCAGUCCGAGGAGGGGCUGUAUAACCUGAACUUCCACCACUGUUUCAGCAAACUGCCAGAUAAGGAAAACUCCUUCAGCAUUGACAUUGAGAUCACAGAGAGGAAUCCUGGAGGCUUUCUCUCUGCAGCCGAGAUGCCCUUGCCUUUGCUGUACAUCUCCAUGUCUGGAUUCUUCUUCGCUGCGGCUCUGCUGUGGGUGCACGUGCUUGUCAAACACAGGUUCAAUGUGUUUAAAAUUCACUGGCUCAUGGCGGCUCUGGCAUUCACCAAAUCCAUCUCCCUGAUCUUCCACAGUAUAAAUUACCAUUUCAUUAACACUGAAGGGCAUCCCAUUGAAGGCUGGGCAGUGAUGUACUAUAUCACACACCUGUUGAAAGGCGCCCUGUUGUUUAUCACCUUGGCCCUUAUUGGAACAGGCUGGGCUUUUGUUAAAUACAUCCUGUCUGACAAGGAGAAGAAGAUCUUCAUGAUAGUCAUCCCUCUGCAGGUGCUGGCCAACGUUGCUUACAUCAUCAUCGAAUCCACGGAGGAGGGGACCAGUGAGUAUGCCUUGUGGAAGGAGAUUCUCUUCCUGGUUGAUCUGAUCUGCUGUGGAGCAAUCCUUUUCCCUGUGGUCUGGUCGAUACGGCACUUGCAGGAGGCCUCCAGUACAGAUGGCAAAGCUGUCAUGAACCUGGCGAAAUUGAAACUCUUCAGACAUUACUAUGUCAUGAUUGUGUGCUAUAUCUACUUCACCCGCAUCAUUGCCAUUCUUCUCAAAGUGACCGUUCCUUUCCAGUGGCAGUGGUUCUAUGAGCUGAUGGUGGAAGUGUCCACUCUGGUGUUCUUCGUCCUGACUGGGUACAAGUUCCGGCCAGCCUCCAAUAACCCCUACCUGCAGCUGCCCUUGGACGAGGAGGAUGUAGAGAUGGAUGAAGUGUAA